UGGAGCAGAACCGCUGUGCUGGGGUGGUGGGCACGGAGGUGAGAGUCCCGGGCUCGGGAGGCGUCGCCGUGGCUCCGAAAAGGACAGGGAGUGAAACUAUGUAGCCUUUUAAGAGACUCUCUGCCCCAUCUGAAGUCCAUAUGGCUCUGUAUGAUGAAGAUCUCCUGAAAAAUCCUUUCUAUUUGGCUCUUCAAAAGUGGCGUCCUGACUUAUGCAACAAGGUGGCCCAAACCCAUGGCAUUGUCCUGGUACCCUGCAAAGGAAGCUUGCCAAGCAGCAUACAGUCCACUUGUCAGUUUGAGUCCUAUGUUUUGAUACCCAUGGAAGAACACUUUCAGACCUUAAAUGGAAAGGAUGUCUUUAUACAAGGAAACAGGAUUAAAUUAGGAGCUGGUUUCGCCUGUCUUCUCUCAGUGCCCAUUCUCUUUGAAGAAACUUUCUACAAUGAGAAAGAAGAAAGUUUCAGCAUACUUUGUAUAGCCCAUCCUUUGGAAAAGAGAGAGAGUUCAGAAGAGCCUUCAACAUCUUCAGAUCCCUUUACCCUGAAAACCAUUGAAGAUGUGAGGGAGUUUUUGGGACGACACACGGAGAGAUUUGACAGGAGCAUUGCUUCUUUCCAGCGAACAUUCAGGGAAUGUGAAAGAAAGAGCCUCCGUCAACACAUAGACUCGGUGAAUGCUCUCUACACCAAAUGCCUCCAGCAGCUUCUGAGGGACUCUCACCUGAAAAUGCUUGCCAAGCAGGAGGCCCAGAUGAACCUGCUGAAGCAGGCAGUGGAGAUGUACGUCCAGCACGAUAUUUAUGAUCUGAUCUUUAAAUAUGUGGGGACCAUGGAGGCAAGCGAGGAUGCUGCCUUCAACAAAAUCACAAGAAGCCUUCAGGAUCUUCAGCAGAAGGACAUUGGCGUGAAACCUGAGUGCAGCUUCAACAUACCUCGUGCAAAGAGAGAGCUGGCUCAGCUGAACAAGUGCACCUCCCCACAGCAGAAGUUGAUUUGUUUGCGAAAGGUGGUGCAGCUAAUAACCCAGUCUCCCAGCCAGAGAGUUAACUUGGAGACCAUCUGUGCUGAUGAUCUGCUAUCGGUCCUGCUGUAUUUGCUUGUGAAAACAGAGAUCCCUAAUUGGAUGGCAAAUUUGAGUUAUAUCAAAAACUUCAGAUUUAGCAGCUCAGCAAAAGAUGAAUUGGGAUACUGCCUGACCUCGAUUGAGGCUGCGGUCGAAUAUAUUCGGCAAGGAAGCCUCUCCGUUAAGCCGCCCGAGUCGGAGGGAUUUGGUGACCGACUGUUCCUGAAGCAGAGAAUGAGCCUGCUGUCUCAGAUGACUUCAACUCCCAUUGAUUGUCUGUUUAAGCACAUUGCGUCCGGGAACCAGAAAGAAGUGGAGAGACUUCUGAGCCAAGAUGACCAAGAUAAAGAUGCCGUCCAAAGGAUGUGUCACCCUCUGUGUUUCUGUGAGAACUGUGAGAAACUUGUCUCUGGGAGGCUGAACGAUCCCUCCAUUGUUACUCCAUUUUCCAGAGAUGACAGGGGUUACACACCGCUCCAUGUGGCCGCCCUCUGUGGGCAGGCAUCCCUCAUCGACCUCCUGGUUUCCAGGGGCGCGGUGGUAAACGCCACGGACUAUCACGGGUCAGCCCCACUGCAUCUCGCCUGCCAGAAGGGCUAUCAGAGCGUCACGUUGCUGUUACUGCACUACAGAGCCAGCCCCGAGGUGCGGGACAGCCACGGCAGCACGCCUCUCCACCUGGCCUGCACCUAUGGUCACGAAGAUUGUGUGAAGGCUCUGGUCUACUAUGAUGUGCAGUCAUGCAGACUAGAUAUUUGUAACGAGAAAGGAGACACCCCACUACACAUAGCUGCACGUUGGGGCUACCAAGGCAUCAUAGAGACAUUGCUACAAAAUGGAGCCUCCACGGAGAUCCAGAACAGACUGAAAGAAACACCCCUCAAGUGUGCACUAAACUCAAAGAUUCUGUCAAUAAUGGAGGCCUAUCAUCUGCCCUUGGAAAGGAGGAGGAAGUCUUCAGAGGUCCCAGUGCAGCCCCCUCAGCGCCCCGUGGACUCCAUCAGCCAGGCCUCCUCCACGUCCAGCUUCUCCUCUGUGUUGGUGAGCUCCAGACGGGAGGAGCCCAAGAAGGACUACAGAGAGGUAGAAAAACUUUUAAGAGCGGUUGCCGAUGGAGAUCUAGAAAUGGUGCGUUACCUUCUGGAGUGGACGGAGGAGGACCUGGAUGAAUUGGAGGAUGCUGUCAGCAUAGGCGAUGUUGAAUUUUGUCACCCCUUGUGCCAGUGCCCGAAAUGUGCUCCAGCUCAAAAGAAGCUGGCAAAGAUUCCUGCCAGUGGACUUGGUGUGAAUGUGACCAACCAGGACGGCUCCUCCCCAUUGCAUGUUGCUGCUCUGCAUGGGCGGGCGGACCUUGUCCCUCUCCUUUUGAAACAUGGUGCCAGUGUGGGUGCCAGAAACGUAAACCAAGCUGUCCCGCUCCACCUGGCCUGCCAGAAGGGCCACUUCCAGGUGGUGAGGUGUCUAUUGGAUUCUAAUGCAAAACCCAAUAAAAAGGAUAUAAGUGGAAACACACCUCUCAUUUACGCCUGUUCCAAUGGCCACCAUGAAGUCGCGGCACUGCUGUUACAGCACGGGGCCUCCAUUAACCUCUCUAACAAUAAGGGUAACACAGCACUGCAUGAGGCGGUGAUAGAAAAGCAUGUCUUCGUGGUGGAGCUGCUUCUGCUUCAUGGGGCAUCAGUUCAGGUCUUGAACAAGAGACAGUGCACCGCAGUAGACUGUGCUGAACAGAAUUCAAAAAUAAUGGAAUUACUUCAGGUAGUACCGAGCUGUGUGGCCUCAGUAGAGGAUGUUGGCGAAACAGACCACAAGGAGUACGUUACUGUUAAGAUCAGGAAAAAAUGGAACUCAAAAAUGUACGAUCUACCAGAUGAACCUUUCACCAGACAGUUCUACUUUGUCCACUCAGGUGGUCAGUUUAAGGGAAGGACUUCAAGGGAGAUUUUGGCAAGAGAUAGCAGUGUCCCUAAUUUUACUGAAGACUCUUUGCAUGAGCCAGGGAGGCAAAGAGUCACAGGGAAACAGAACCACCUGCCAGACCAGAGCAGAUCUGAGAGUGCUGACAGAGGGCACGGCAAUCAGCCCGAGGGGCCUGGACCAAAACAAAGUGUUCCUGCAAACAGGCGGAUGCUGCGCAGACACACGGUCGAGGACACAGUCGUAUCCCAGAACCCAGGGACUGCCGGCCACCUAGCCACUUCCCGAGAGGCUGAUGUCACGUCCCAGUCUUAGUGGCAAUAAGCAGUUGUUACAUUGGCUGCCAAGAAGUGAGUCCUUGGCAGGGAGGUGCCAAGCAGAAACACAGCUGAGAACUGAAAUGUACUUUCUGUUGGAUUUGCAAGAAAAGCAGAAAGGUCCUGAAAGCUGUUCUGUGGCUGAGGGAAGGAAUGCGACCAAGAAAACGAUCACCAUCUCUUUUCUCUCCAAAGCUGGUGCGUGCGCUGGAAAAGGAGCGCACACCGACUCCAGCAGUGUCCAGAUUCUUAAGAGCAGGCGUAUGUUUCUUCUGAAGCGGCAGGAGCUCCCUGGCUCCCGUGCGAGGUUUCACGACCAGAUUCUGACCUCCUCCUAACGAAAGGUGCUAACCUCCGUGAUGUGGACAACGAGCAAACUGCAGGCCGAAAGAAUUCCUCCAUCUGGGAUCAGCUGAAGAGAAGCAAUUUAGGUUUCAUGGUACCAUGGAGGCCAGGCAGAAGCGACACAUGUGAAUGAGGAAAAGAGGACUGGAAAAUGUUCCUUUGCAAAGCAGCACUUGAACCCAAAGAUGCCUACAUGCCGUUGUGAUGUUCAUUUUAAUGAAAAGGACAUUUAGGACCUAUUCUACACUAUGUAUGUGGGAAAAGUUGGGUAUAAUUUUUCUUCCAACCAAGUACAGGUAUUUGAUCGCUGCACCUGUAUCAGUCUCUUGAGACACAUCCCCUUCCGUUAAAAACCUCCCUUAGAUGUCACACCUGACUGAUGGUUACUGAACAAGAGAGAUUUGGCACAUCUUUUCUUAGUCUUUUGAUUCAGAUUCAAAACUUACAGCACAAACCAGGUGAGAGUUACUUUCAGUUAGAAUUUAUUGCCAUUUAUUCCUUUUUAUAAAUUUCUAUAGAUUAUACUCUUAUUUUUUUAUGUUACUAAUUGGUCUACAGCCGCAAACAUGGGUUUGUCCUGAGUACAUUUUCAAGUAACUUUGUAAUACAGAAAUGGUUUUGUGCAUGUUCUUGGGAAUACUUGUGUAUGUAUAGAAGGGAGGGGCUGAUUAUUUUUCUACAAAGUAAUUUAUGAUUUCUAAUUUUCUAAUGUGCCUUGGAUAUGUGCCAAAUGAUGGGAAAGAAACAGUAAACUUUAUGAUUCUU